UUAUUUAGAUAAGUAAAGAAUGUGAAUUUAAGAUAUUGCAUUAAAUGUGUUCAAUCUUCGUUAUAAUGUGUUAGUAAGUGUGAUAUGGGAGAUUAAUUGUGAUUUUUAAAUCUUAAAGAUGGAGUAGAUAAUUAAAAUAUUAGAUAAUUUACGAAUAAUACAGUGUUUCUCUCCUGCACUGCUGUCUGUGCCUUUCAGGUGUUGAUAUAAUGAUUUUAAAUUUGUUGCCUUCGAUCGUUGACAAACAUAUUGUCUUAACCCAAAGCCGUCCUAUAAUCUUAUAAUUUUAUCUUUGAGUAUCACUGUCCAUUAUGUAUAGUUCUGCAUAUUGUUUUUAACAGAAUGGACACCUAUAGGUUACAUAGUGGAUUGCGUAUCAAAACUUAGAUUUUUCUCUUCUGUUUAAAAGCCAAAAUAAACGGAUCGCUUAACAAAAGUAUUUUGAACCGCUACGAUGAAAGAUCCAACCCUACCCGGAAGUGUUUUCCUUAGAUAUGCCUUAUUCGUGUAUCAAUUUUUUUUUAGAAAACCAUAAUUAAUUUGUCGAUUAAGACUGUAUGUAUUUGAAACAAAAACUAUUAGUUUGUAUGCGCAGCAGGCUAUUCGUAUUAGCGAAAAUUUAGCGAACGUUUUUAUGUAUAUAUAUGUACUUUCAUUUUCAAGUCGGAAAAUAUGAGAGACAGAGAGACAGUUAUGAAGUGCCAGUCGUCUACAAACGGUUACCUACACCUGUACACUGGUUGCACCUUUGAAAUGAAUACUACGUGUGGUUAUUGGUGUGUCAAUGGAUAUAAAAAGUCGGACCCACCAUUCGUAGUCUGCAGCAGCAAUGGAACUUGGAAUGAAGAUCUUGACCAACUGUGCAAAGAUGACGACAAAAUCAAGAUAAUGCUUCCGAUAUCUUUCAUGGGAGUAAUAAUGGUUCUCCUGUGUCUCAUAACAAUCAGUUCUGUCCGCAUGCACAAAAGAUAUAAACGAGAGCAUCCAGAGAGCCAACUCGUAGAGAUCAGUCCAAGCGAUAGAGUAAGCAGGAAUGCUUACGCAAGCGUGAGUAAAAGCAGAAACGUCUGCCCAAGCGUGAGUGGAAGCCUUCUCUCCACCUCACAGUUAAACACAUACACCACACCGACCGAUAGCAGCGAAAAUGGUUAUUGGGAAAUCGGGGAGGUGUACAGCCAACCGAAAAAUAUUGAAAAACCACAACUAUAUCAUAAACAUUAUAAUGGCAUUGGAGAAUACAUUCAGAAAGGGUCGUCGGUUAGAUCUGAAAGAUAUUCAAAAUUUCCAGUAAAAAAUGCGGACGAAGGUGGCUACCUUGAGGCAUGCCAUGUAGAAGAUUGUAAUGAUUUUCUGCCAGUGCCUGAUUAUGAGCAUGAUGAUUGGCUAGAACCAAGCCCACAAAACGGAUCUCUGAAUGCUGUGAGAAAAACUAAUUAUGAAAAUAUGAAAACAUAGAGAUGAUAACGUUCUAAACACCCAUGAGUGAAAAUCAUUUUGCAUAGUUUUAAGCUAGAUAUAUGUCUUUAUAAAAUGAAAAUGGAUUUGAACUAUUUUAUUGUUUAUAUAAUAUACAAAGGGUUCGAACACAAGUUCUUACGACUACUACAGAGAUAUGUGUGUAUGUUACACAAGUACAUGUAUUUAUUUAAAUAAAAAGUCAAAAUACAGUUGACUAUAUCGCUCAUUCGUGUAUCAUAUGACUGAGUCUAAUAAUUUCAAAGGUAUUAGGUCUUUAUAGCUCUGUAAAGAAAUCACAGGAGGCUAUCACUACGUUUUCAAAACCUCGAGAUGAAGUCUAUACAUUCAAAUACUAAAACUAACGAAUGCGCAUACAACUGUGGUAUAUAUCAAAAUAUCCGGUGAGGAAUUUAUUACACGGGAAUGUUUACUACAUGUUGGUUUUGUAUUCAGUAUCUCGUUAUUAAUUUCACGGUAUCACGGUGUGAAUAUGAAAGUCAGUUUUGUUUCUAAAACAACUGAUCAUAGAAAAAAAAUCCUCUAAGUUCGAAGUGGGUUUAGGUGGGUGGGCUGGUUCUCGUUUUGUUCCAGAGGUUGAUUAUUCGGGGUUAAAGGGGCAUGGUCACGAUUUUGGUCAAAUUCUAUUUUUCUGUUUUUAUUAUUUACAAUGCUUUAGGAAUGCAUUUCUAAUGAUCCAAUAAAAUUUGAGAGUCAGUCGUUGAGUUAUAAGCAAGAUACAGGGCUCACAAUUCUUUGUCAUGUAAACAAGGCUCGUGCCCUGUUUUUUGUUUACAUAGAUUCAAUAUACCAUAAAUACUCUUUUUCAAGCUGAUUAUCUAUCUUCUUAUUCAUUUUAAGCAUAAAUAAACAGUUGCUAAUGUUUAACACAUUCAUUCUAGGUCUAAAACUGGAAUUUUCACUCCAACAUUCAAAAUGUAAACAAAAGCUUUGUUUACAUAGCGAAGAAAG